AUGGCUAUCAAGUAUGACGCUAUUCAACGUGGUAACAUUUCUGAAAUUCUCGGCAGACUCGAAAAGAAGGGUUACAAGAUUGUUGGUUUGAAGAUGGUUACUCCAACUCGUCAACAAAUUGAAGCUCACUACCAUGACUUGAAGGGUAGACCAUUCUUUGCUGGUUUGGUUGAUUACAUGACUGGUCUUCCACUCGUCUGUAUUGUUGCUGAGGGUAAGGGUGUUAUUUCCUAUUCUCGUGUCAUGAUUGGUGCCACCAAUCCACUUGUUGCUCCACCAGGAACUAUUCGUGGUGAUCUCUCUGUUGAUGUCGGUAGAAAUAGUGUCCAUGGUUCUGAUUCUGUUGAAACUGCUAAAGAUGAAAUCAACCUCUGGUUCAAGCCUGAAGAAGUUGCCAAUUAUGAACUUGCCAACGCCCAAUGGGUCUAUGAAAAGUAA